GCAAGAGGACGUCAGGGACGCCGUCAACGCGGUGGCAGAGAAGAACCACGUGCUGCAGCUGUGCGUAGUUUGGCGCGGGGUGCGGCCCUGGUUUCGGCGCAUGGAGCAGCUGGUCGUGGACUUCGCCGUCGAGAACCAGGAUGCCAUGAGCGCCUUCCACGCGCUCAUGCAGAUGAAAUACAACUUCGCACAAGGCCCUUUGUGGCGAGCCAGGCUGGUUCCGUUGCCGCAGAAGCCUGUGGACGGGCGCCACGAGGCGGUGCUCAUUGUCAGCGCGCACCACUGCAUCACCGACGGCCUCACCAACAUGCUCAUCUGCAGCGACAUCAUGCACGUGCUCAACGCAACCAUGACGGGCGCCAUGUACGACGUCCCGACGCGCACCGUGAUCCCGGCCAUCACCGACGUGCUGUACUCGCGCACCGACUGGUGGUAUUCGCUCAAGUACUUGUGGAAAAAGUUCUACGGCACCUUCAUCCGUGACUACGGCACCAAACUCUACUUCAGAGGCAUCCUCCCUCAGCCUAGCACCGAGGAGGCCGCCACGAGAAUCCUGCACGAACAGCUCACCGUGGACAGUACCAAGAAGCUGGUGCAGCGCUGCAAGGAGGCCGGCGUGACAGUGCACUCCUGCGUCUCCGCCAUCGCGUACGUAGCCAUGUUCCGCGUGGCCCAACAGCGCGUCAAGGGCAAGCUGGACGAGGCCAUCGUGAACCUGUCCAACUGCGUCAACAUGAGACGCUACUUCAACCCCGCCAACAAGGAGUCCCCGGGCUGCCACAUUGCCCUCGAGGAGAAGGAGUUCCUCGUCCGGAACACCGACGGCGCGACGAGGGACAACUUCUGGGCGUUCGCGAAGCGCGUGCACGAACACCUGCACAAGAGCCUGAACGUCGAGCAUUACCCCAUCAAAAACUGCUCCGUGUACAUCCCCUUAGCCUUCAUCAUGUGCGUGAACCACGAGCUCACGCGCCGCGCCCGCAAGAACCUCACGGACUGCCACGUUAUCACCACCAACAUGGGCAACCUGCAGCACCUCCUGCCGAGCCACUACGGCGACGGCCCCGUGGAGAUCACCAGCCUCCUGCGCUCGGUCUCGAGCGAGCUGAUCGGCCACCCGUGCACCCUCACGUUCCACACGUUCCGCGGCAGGUUCAUGAUUUCCCUCGAUUACUUCACCAACAAGAUGACGGACGACGUCGCCAGCCAUUUCUUCUCCAACAUGACGGGUUAUAUCAACAACCUCGUUACCGUGGGAGCCAUCGAACGACAAGUGGCGUAGUUCCACCCGGUUCUAAGACCCUGCUGAGUCAGGGUCACGCAAGAGAGGGAAUUCAAAGGCUAUUAUGCGCUUGGGUGUUGGGCAUUUCCUAGACAUUCGGACGAAAAAAAUCACUUAAAAGUAAAAAACUGCCACACGGUUCUACAUGUGAAGCAAGCCAUGAAUUUUGUAUAUAGAGUGAUUAUUCGUUUCAAUGCAAUAUUUCCAGGUGUGGCAGAUAGAGAA